CUCAAAUUUGCAAACAGGCAGCUUUGAAUUAUCAGAAUAAUACACUGCUUCAUUUGUUUCCUACUCUCAGUGCUCUAAUCUAUUCUCUGUGCUUCACGCAAUACAAAACCUCACGACACACACAUUGUGAGACAGACAUUAACAUUCACUUCAGGCCAACAAUGGAGAUGAGUAUAAACUUUAUCAUUGCAUCUCUUGAAGCUGGAUGAUAUGUUGUAUUUUAGAAAUAUGCCAGAAGAUUGCUUUUAAACAAAAGCAGAAUUACAGCAUCUCCCUCAGUCAGUCUUAAGGACUAACUGACUCUCCAAUUAGCCUGGUGCUGAAAAUCUGCUCCCAGAAAAUAGUCUAUGAAUAAUAAAAGCCAUCUGCUGUGGUCCUUAUCUGUCCACACCCAGUAACACUGGGCUGAUGAGGAUGUUAUUAAUGUGCUAAACCUUUGUUGGUCAAGACAAGCUCCACUUAAAGCUUCAGGCUAUAAGAAACAAUAACAUUUUUAGAUGCUCCAAAAGCCUUGUGUGUGUGCGUGCCUGCGCUUGUGUACUGGGGCCACAUGCAUGCAGCCGAUAGAUGUGUGUCAGUUGCACUAAGAGUAUCGUAAUGGAUGAGGCCAGCAUAGAGGUCCCCAGUGAGAGUCUCAUGGUGUAUAAAACCAGCUUGUUCCAGGCCACAAACAGACGUUCCAAAGGCUUGGACGGACAUCUACUACAGCUCCUGCCACCGGAUGAGAGAAUUUUUUGUCUCUCAUGGCAAAAUUGUGGGUUCAGUUCUCUGCUGGGCUUGAUGUAAUGACAGGAGUUGUUGCUUGUUGUAAGAAGUGGAAAAACCGUCUGAACUGAUCAUAAAAUAUAAUCGGAAGAAACAAAACUGUAACCUCAUUCAUAUUACUUAUCUUGAGGAAAUUUGAAAAAUGAGUGGUCUUCAGCUGCCUCAGAGCUGUGAACGAUCCCUGCCCUGCUGUGCAGAUGUUGGGUCAUUAUCGAGCACCAAGGCUCCCCAAGUCAUUGGGGUCAGAGUUCAGCUGGAAAUGCAGACACUUUGGCAGCAGUUUGACCAGCUGGGCACAGAGAUGAUUGUUACCAAAGCUGGAAGGAGGAUGUUUCCAACAUUUCAGGUGCGAAUCUCUGGGAUGGAUCCCUCUGCCGAAUACGUGCUGCUCAUGGACUUCAUCCCUGUUGACGACAAAAGAUACAGAUAUGCGUUCCACAGCUCAUCCUGGCUGGUGGCAGGGCGGGCGGACGUAGCAGCUCCAAGCAGGAUGCAUUUCCAUCCAGACUCACCUGCCCGUGGAGCCCAGUGGAUGAAGCAGACCGUAUCCUUCGACACUCUCAAGCUCACCAACAACCUGCUGGAUGACAACGGACAUAUGAUACUGAACUCCAUGCAUCGCUAUCAGCCGCGCUUCCACGUGGUGUAUGCUGAUCCUGCACCUAACAGUGAUUUAAAUGCAUACAGGAACUUCUGCUCUUUCUCCUUCCCGGAGACACGGUUCAUGGCCGUCACUGCUUACCAAAACCACAGGAUCACUCAGCUAAAAAUUGCAAGCAACCCAUUUGCUAAAGGCUUCAGGACGACAGACUCCCAGGCUUGGGUGGGUAAUGCCAGCCCACUUGCAAUGUGCUGUCCACCAGAGGGCAGACCUGAGACCCUCACUAGCAAACCUGGAGAGCAGAAAAUCUCCAAGACUUCAGCCAGACAGGACGGCCCAGCCCCACCACUGGUGGAGCAAUGUGAACUGUUCCACCAUGGAAAAGACACUGCAGGAGCCACCAUGGAGAGAAGAGAUGGGAACAGUCUUUUGUCAGCACCUCCCUCCUUCCUCCGUCUCCCUUCCUACUGGGACUGUGCAGGGUCAUCUUAAGAGGGAGCUAACCUGUCACUGGGCAAGUGAAGCAAAGAAACCAAAGUGGUUAAAUUUGACCUUCUGCUUGAUAUCAUACAGCUUUACAGUGUGUUUAUAUUAAAUGUAGCUAGAAAUAGUUGGUGGUCUCCCUCACAAAAUUAAGAUAUACUGGCAGUAUAUAUUUAGCAUAUAUGUAAUAUAAUACCAUGCUGUGCAUUAAGAGCACUGCAGUAUCACAGCAGAACAGCAUUUUAUGUAUAUAUAUAUAUAUAUAUAUAUAUAUAUAUAUGUGUGUGUGUGUGUGCGUGCGUGCGUGCGUGCGUGCGUGCGUGUGUGUAAAAAGUAUAUAUGUGUAAAAAAUGUGUAAAUGUGUAUAAAUGCAUAUGUGGAAGGCGUGUCCAAAUUUUUGACUGAGUGUGUCCAUAAGUUUGGACACACCUUCUCAUUUAAUGGUUUUUAUUUAAUUAUUUUAUAUAUUGUAGAUUAAUACUGAAGACUUUAAAACUAUAAAAGAAUACAUAUGGAAGUAUGUUCUAAACAAAAAAGUAUUAAUCUUCAGUAUUAAUCUACAAUGUAGAGAAUAUUACAAAUAAAUAAAAAGCAUUGAAUGAGGAAGUGUGUCCAAACUUUUGGCUCUUAACCUAUUAAUUACUAGAAGCUUCUACAAAUUCAAAAAAGAGAAUCAAAAUCCUAUGUGAAUGUCUCCUCAUAACAUUUGUGCAUCUGUAAUGCGUCAGUUUGUUGUCUGAGAUAAUAAAUGGCAUCGUGAAAUUUAGGUUUCCAUAGGUGAUAACGGUUUAUGUGAUUUCGAAUAAAGACCUCGUGAUCCGCCAAGGAGUCAUGCUAAAAGACUCUAUUACCCAAAAUGCAGUGUUUCUCAGGGUUGUUUCCUGAAGAAGCCUUAGCAUGACAGCCAUGUUGCCUUCAAACUAAAAGACAGUGUGAAAAAUAAACUGGUGCACACAAAUCAUGUCAAACAAGAAGCAGAAUGUAUUUUAGGGGAAUUCAAACUGUAUUUUUCCUUUUGUCAAGCAGUUCUACACAGUAACUGAAUAUCAUAAGAUUGCAGGCUCGUGUUAAAUUAAUAUUAUCAGAUUUGUCAUUUAAAAUCUAUUGGAGGAGUAUGUAUUACAGGCCUGCUGCAUUGCCUUGAAUUAUAGGGUAAACAGCUGUUAGACACCCCCACCCCAUAAUUCCUGUCCUUAAUACUAGAUACAGUUUGUUGUUGUUGUCUUUUUGGGUGAUCCAUUAGUUUGAACAGAAUAGUUUUUCUGUAGUAUGCAAAUGAAAUUAGGACUUUUGAAGGAAGACACCCCCUUGAUAAGGGGUAAGAAGCCUUCUCAUGGACAUGAAUGAUUUUAAGUAAUCUAGUCGAGAUUUCUGAAAAAUUAUGUUUAGUAUCAUUUAAUAUAAAGACAUAAAAGCUAUACAUACAUGCACAAACCUCAUUGUUCAUUCUGUCUAUAUACUGUAUAUAUCAUCUGUCUCAUAAACACUGUUUUACAGUUUAUGCAGUUUGUACGAUCAUUUAUUGUAAUCCAUCUAUUAUCUAUCAAUAUAUUGUAAUUUGUCUUGCACACUGAUAUUACCUACAGCUGUUCUGUUUAUAUACUGGCCGUUCAUACCAAUGUGUUCAUUCUGUGACUUCUGUCAAUACUGCAUCAUACUGCAUAUGCUAUUGAUAUAUUACAUACACAUUUUGAAUAUUCAUAUUGCUUGUGCGUUUACAUGCAGUAUUUCUACUGUAACGCUGCUCGUGCUGUAUAUCUGUAUAUUUGUGAUUAAAACUACUCCACUUUGACAUUC